AUGGCGCACAUGUACGAUCGCGUGGUGAGUGUCAUCACGAAGCCGGCACAAGAGAGGACGGAUAUGGAGGUGGAACAGAUUUUACCAUGGUUUAGGAAGAAAUCCGACUUGUUUAGAAACCUUCGGCCGGGGGUUGUUAAGGAUAUCAUUAAGAACUGCCAAUUCGAUUCGUUAGAGAAGGACACUGUGGUGAUUCGUCAGGGAGACAAGGGUGAUAGGUUUUACAUAAUCCUGAAUGGAAGCGUGUCGAUCUACAUCAACCCGACCUUGUCCGACGCAGAUAAUGACGCUGUGCGUAAACAGGCCCAGGAGCAGCUGGCCCAAGCCGAUCACUUGGCAGAGGAGGGAGGUCUAGAGAAGAAAAAACUGGACCUCUCUAAAUUUGGAAAUUAUAUCGGCAAAAUUGAGGCCGGAAAAAGUUUUGGAGAGCUAGCAUUGAUCAACAAGGACUGUGUGCGGAAUGCUUCCAUUAUAACAGAUGUAUCCACAGACCUCUUAGUAGUGGACCGGACAUUGUACAACCGGUCCCUCCACGCCUACCAGGCGCAGGAGUUUGCGCAGAGGAGCCAAUUCACCACCCAGUACCCGCUCUUCAGCAACUGGCAGCCUCGUUACAAGAAACAGAUGGCCAUGAGCCUGCGCAAAGACACCAUUCCUUACGAAAGCACGAUAGUGAGGCAGGGUGACCCAGUGGAAAACAUUUACUUCCUGUUAAGUGGACAGGCGAAGAUCCUGGUUGAUCCACUUCAGCAUCAGUCUCAGUUUCCGGGGCUUUACCCUAUAGAGAACAUAGACCAACUGGAACAGGAAGAGGCCCGAGUUUCCAUACGCAAAGAAUCCAUCAAAGAAAAGCCAAAACUUCCAAGCAAAGUUUCUCGGACGCCCUCUAUUAUCAGGAAGGCAAACAAAGAGAAGAAACUACAGCGCCAGUUGGAGCUGUGCGUCAUUGGUGCCGUGGAGAUCAUUGGUGAUUUAGAGGUGAUCAUGGAGCUCGGGACAUACACCCACACUGCUGUCUGCACACAAGAAGCCGAGGUAUUGGUGUUAAAUAUGAAGAACUAUGAGAGACUGGUGCAGAAAAGGAAUCCCAAAACCAUCGAAGCUAUACGAGAAAUUGUUGAAACUAAACUAGAUAUCCGAUGUUCUCGCUUUGCCGAGAGGCAAAUACCACUGUUGAGGUACCUGCUUUAUAAACUCCGGUGUAUAACCCACCCUAAGAAAGUGCCGCAGUCUGUUUGGGACAAGCCAGCUGUUGAAACCUCCUGGAAAGUUGCCAAUUUCCAUAGAGGACCCAUAAUCGACCUGUAUGGACCGGGUACUGUCUUCCACAUGAUACGCAUGCGCGACAAGGCAAGGAGACACGCUCGCGCUAGAGCACGGUUCCUAGCCGGAGGUGUCCGGAACCGUACACAAAACAAACGGGAAGUCGAAAAGGCGGAAGUUGUUAAAAAGAUCCAGACAGGCGAAGUUGGAAUAACGAUAGACAAUUUUUCAGCAGAAUCGGACUAUUCUGACAAUACCAAUCUUCUGUAUGGCCGUCAUUAUGACAAGCGACAAGUGACGGGCGACUGGGAAGACAGUUUAGAGCAUACUAUGAGUGAUUUGGCGCUAUCACAACUGGAGGAGAAAAUACGCACAUGGCAUUGUGGAUUUGACGACGUAACUAAGGCAACGAAGAGAACUGUUAAACUGCACAGGUAUCACCCAGAGGAGAACCAGAAGCCCAAACCAGGUAAAAAGGUGUUCAUUCGCAAAAGACACAGUAAAUGCUCAAAUCUGAACGACAGUCAGAGUGGGCCAGAAGAGGAUGACAAUCUGCUGGGUGUACCUCCUAUCUCCUAUCACAGCAGGCACUCGGACACGGUUACGGACACUUGUAACGUAAGCCCGCUGUCAGAUACAGACGCGGACUCAGACGGGGCGGAGUUUGGUGAAGUAGUCUCACCAAUCAAGAGCACGAGAAAGCUGUCCAGGAGGAAGAAGCAGAAGGAUCCUCGCCGAAAAUACACGUUCGAGGACUAUCAGGCGUUAAGAGAAACUCUUCGUCAAAAGCAGAGGACCUUUGGUUUGGAAGUCAACCGCAUAACACGAGCUGCCACUUGUUUGAGCUGA